AUGGUUGCGUACUUCUGCUUGUGGGCCUAUCGGAUACGAAUGAGUCCCGUCCAUGACUACGGCUAUUUGAUCCACGAAUUCGAUCCCUGGUUCAACUUCCGUGUCGCCCAGUACUUGUCCAAACAUGGUUGGUUUAAAUUCGCGAAAUGGUAUGACUACAUGUCUUGGUAUCCUAUUGGGCGGCCCAUCGGAACGACAACUUAUCCCGGGAUGCAGUUUGCAAGUAUCUGGAUCUGGAACGUUCUCAAGUCCACUCCAAAGAUGGACAUGGAGCUCCCACUGUGGUUUCUGCAAUUAUUUCCGAAGAGGUGGCGAACGUUUUUGCCCGGCCACGGGCACAUGUCAUUCGGGCCGAUGAAGCUGAACGACGUUUGUGUGUUGACACCAGCUUGGUUUGGUGGGUUCGCAACUCUGUUCCUCGUGCUGCUGACCAUAGAGGCUUCUGAGAGUCGUUCAGCCGGAGUUGCUGCCGGAAUGGUGAUGGCCAUCAUUCCAGCGCAUAUGAUGCGUUCCAGUGCGGGAGAGUAUGACAACGAGGCUGUGGCGGUCACGUGCUUUUGCGCAACCUUCUGGUUAUGGUGCCGGUCGAUCAGAACUCCCAGAUCUUGGCCCUGGGGUGUGCUUGCCGGUUUGGCCUACUUCUCGGCUGCGGCUACCUGGGGUGGGUACAUCUUUGUGAACAACCUGAUCGGCUUGCACGCAGCAGUGCUUGUUGCGCUUGGCCAGUACAAUUCGGGCUUGUACUUGGCGUACACCCUAUGGUAUGCAGUCGGCACGACCGGUGCUAUGCUUAUCCCCGUCAUUGGCUGGGCACCACUUCGGGCAAUGGAGCAAAUGCCAUCUCUUCUGGUCUUCGUUGUGUUCCAACUGCUACAAGCAUGCGACUUCGCCCGGCAUCGUGUCAAAGGUCUUGCCUCUCCGUGGAAAUUCUGUUUGUUUCGUGUAGCCGUAUUUGCGGCUGCCGUUCUUGCAGGGGCAGGAGUUUGCUUUACUUUAUACAGGUCGGGCCACUUUGCACCACUGGGUGCCAGAAUCAGAGGCCUCUUCUUGAAGCACAAGAAGACCGGGAACCCGUUAGUGGACAGCGUCGCUGAGCAUUCUGCGACAAGCAGCCAGGCUUAUGCGCAGUACUUGGGAGAUGCACGUUAUGUUGCUGCUCUGGGUCUGCUGUUCUGUUGGCACCAGCAAACUCCGGCAAAGCUCUUUCCAGUGCUUUAUGCUGCCGUAGCAUACCACUUCUCGGCGAAGAUGUCGAGGCUAAUGAUCAUUUGUGGGCCAAUUGUGUCUAUGCUCGCAGGAUAUCCGGUCGGCAUCGUGUUGGAGUGGUGCCUCCAUCAGUUCCUGAACAUGUGCUGCGCUCCGUUGCCCCUGCAGCCGGAGGUCAAGACGCAGCCACGAUCAGGAGGCAUGGGAUCCAUUUAUCGUUGGCUUUGGCGGUAUCUCAAGCCACUUACUUUGCCAGCGGAGGUGGCGGACGUCUUUGAGACAUCCGAGAGUUUGCACCGUCAGUUUCCGCGACCAUGCAGGGCGACUCGAUGCACUCUGGCCAUCCUGAUUUUGGCCGCUGGUUACCAGAACAUGCGUGAUCCAGUCAAGAAUUUCAUUGCCACGUGCGAGGAGAUCGCGCCUCACAUGGGGCAUCCGUCCAUCGUCUUCAAGAGCCGCCAGGGGCUCAUUACGGACUACCUUGAUGGAUACAAGUGGUUGAAGGCUAACACGCCAUCGGAUGCGCGGGUCAUGGCAUGGUGGGACUACGGCUACCAAAUCACCGGCAUAGGAAACCGAACGUCUAUUGCAGAUGGCAAUACUUGGAAUCACGAGCACAUCGCUACACUUGGCCGAACGUUGACGAACCCAGAAAAGAAGGCUCACAACAUCAUGCGGCACCUAGCAGACUACGUGUUGGUCUGGGCGGGUGGCCAAGGCGAUGACAUGGGCAAGUCGCCCCACUUGGCACGCAUAGCCAAUUCCGUUUUCCCAGACGUUUGUGGCGAAGAUGAUCCAACCUGUAGGAAAUUUGGCUUCUAUGCUGGUGGCCAACCCACCGAGAUGAUGGCAGCAUCUUUCCUCUACAAGGCCGUGAGGCACAACAUCGACGAAGGAGUCCGAUUGGACGGCAAGUUGUUCCAAGAGGUGCAUACAACCAAGCACGGGCUUAUGCGAAUCUUCAAAGUGCUGGGGGUUUCAGAAGAAUCCAAGAAAUGGGUGGCAGAUCCUGCGAACCGCAAAUGUGACGCAGAAGGUAGCUGGUACUGUGUCGGUCAGUACCCGCCAGCAUUGCACAAGCUCAUUUCAAAGCGAAAGAACUUCGCCCAGCUCGAGGACUUCAACCGAAAAGAUGGAGAGAAAAGUGCCUACACUCGUAUGGUGCCUUCAUUGAGUCGCCUAUGCUUACUGCAUACGCGGCGAGGACAACUCUUGCCAGCUGGCAAGCGCGCAUUCAGCCAGACGGACCCCAAGCAGACAGGAGUCGAAGUCAACGUUGUCAAGCUUCGGUCCUCGAGCAGGUUGCCCUGGGUGUCAGCAGCACUUGCGGCCUCGUGCGCAGGCAUUUACGCGCUUGUGGUGCAGAAGCAGCGGUGGGACCGAGAAGCUCGAUCAAUGAAGGAAGCUGUCGAAGCUGAACUGCGCAGAACGAGAAUGGAAGCCGAAGCUGCUGCAGCGGCCGAAGCAGAAGCAGCCAAAGAAGCAGAGGCGCAAGCUGCACAAGCAAAGGCCGCGAGGGAAGAUGCAGAGCGAAUCCAAAAGGCGGCGAUGGCCAAGGAAUCGCAAGAGGCACAAGAAAGGGCACGAAAGGACUUGGAGCGGCGACACGCUGAAUUUGCAGCCGUAGCUGGGCAAUGCUCCCAAUUACUGGCAGAUCUCAAACUGGUGGUGGAGGCUACGGACUAUGUUGAAGCGGCUCCGCACGCGGAAGGCCUUUCAGAAUUUAUGCAGCAGGCGCAGGCUUUCGUUGAUGGAGAGUCCUUCAAAUCCCUGCAGGAAUCGUCAUUGGACGGAAUGGCUGAGCUUACAGCCCAGUGCGCUUAUGCCCUGUCAGCGGCCAAAGAUCACCUGGCGAAACUGUCCAAAGCACAGGCUGCAGAGAUGCUUUAUGAAGCAGCAGCAGCCGAAAUGCGUGCUGAAAGGCAAAAAUGGCUUUUGGGUGAAGAUGUGGAUGCACCGGCUUUGGAGAGUGCCCUUAGUCGUGCACAAGAUGCGUUGUCCGAGCUGAGAAGUUGUGGCCUGGAGAUGAGCUUAGAGACCAUAGAUGGCAACCAAGUCUCGGCUGCGCAAUCGGUUCUUUCAGAGCUUGAGGAUGCGAGGCAGAAAGAGCAAGGCUGGAAGCAGAAUAAACAAGCACUGCAAAGUGCAGUUGCAGCUCAGGAUGCUGCUGCCUGUGAGAGUGCUGUGAAGGAGGCCAGUAUGGCCGAUUGCCCGCUAUCAGCUGCCAUGGCACUUGCUGAGGAGAUGAGCCUCCCAAGACAGAUUGACUUAUCUGAGGUCGCGAAAGGCAUGCAACUAGCACCUCUUUCAGAGCAGAGUGGCGAAGUCGACUAUGUUGCAGCAGCUGCAGCAGCCAGUUCUUUCGUAAGCAGCUCCGAGCUGUCGGACCAGGCCUCCUCCUUGGCAAAAGAGAUUGCCGCGCAGUACGUGCUGGAUAAGCAAGAACUCGCACAUGCUUCGCAGUUCCUGUUGCCAGAGUGGGCGAAUCAAUGCUCUCAGAAAACCGAUAGGCUCUCACGUGAUUUUGCUGGCCAGAAAUCGAAGCAAAAGCUGCAGCUCAUUCAGGACAUCCAGCAAACUGCUGCCGAGCGCCGCAAGCAGGCAAUCAGUGAAGCCAUUGGUGAGGUGCAAGACGAAGUUGAGAAGGACAUCUAUUCUUUGCAGUCGGCACAGAUGCAAGCCCUGUGGGCAGAGCUAGCCCAAGUUCGUGGCAGCUUUGACGACCAGUUGCGCAGCUUGGGACAGGCCCCUGAGCAACUGCAGCAGCUGUGGAGCUCUGACAGAAGUCCAGACGCCCAGGCUAAGAGUGUCAGUCUCUCAACUCUGAACGUUCUAGCUCUGAGAGAAGCAAGCAGGGAGGAGCAUGCAGAGAGCGCUGACGCAUUCACCAGCAGCGUAACAGCUCAUGUGAUAACGGAGCUGACGGCGCUUGGAAAGGGUAGCGUCGAAGAGAUUCCGACACAGCAGGAGCUGCAGCGGUCCUUCCACGACGAGCUGCCAAAACUUGUCGCUGCGGUCUUUGAACCCCGAACUGGGCUUGCCAGUGGCUUUGUUGGCCGAAUGUUUGGUAGGAUGUAUGUGCUGAGAAGUGAGCAAGAGGAGGCAUCAACACACGCUGCUCUGGAGUCCAGACUCGGACAGCGCAUUCCGACAGUCGCGCCGGAGGAUGGCGUACACAGGCAGAACCAAAAGAACAAUCUCCGCACGCUGGCCCUGGCAAUGCACUUAGUGGACACCGGUCGCUUGGCAGAAGCCGUUGACACUUUGGACGGCUCUUUGAGGGGCCCUUGUCGCUCUCUGGCCGAUGGUUGGAUGUCGCUUGCACGCAUGAGCUUGCUACUGCAGCAGGCGUCUGAAGCUUUGCUUGCUCGAUCCCUGUGCCUUAAUGCCGGCCUGUCGGACUAG